UUAUGGCGGGCCAAACAGUCAUUGCUGGAAUUGUGUGCCUUUUCGUCUUAACUCUCGCCUCCGAAAAACGUAUUUUGCUGAAUGACCCCGCGUAUGUGUCCCAGCAACUCACCCAUCUCCAGUCGGAGCUACAGGAGCUACGAGUCAAGGCUGGAAACCAAGAACAGACCGUGUCCACUUUCCAACAGACCGUAUCUACCCUCCAACAGACCGUAUCUACCCUCCAACAGACCGUCACUAAUCAGCAACAAAACAUAAGCGAUCAACAGCAGGCAAUGUCCAGUCAACAGCAGGCAAUGUCCAGUCAACAGCAGGCAAUGUCCAGUCAACAGCAGACGAUUUCCACCCUACAACAGACCGUCACCAAUCAACAAUCCGUUAUCAUGAAAAUGGCACAGGAAAGGUGUAAAGGCGUGGUGUACACCAGAUGGGGAAGGAAGGACUGUCCUGCAGGCAAUGACACACAGCUCGUUUACUCUGGGUUUGCAGGCGGUUCUUUCUAUACAUCCCCCGGCGGUGCAGCCAACACCCUGUGCAUGCCUCGAGAACCAGUGUGGGGGUCCAGUAAAGACAAAGCUGCACGUGACCCAGCAUUUGUCUAUGGCGCGGAAUAUGAAGAUCCAGGCAUGUUUGGUAUGCCAAACUUGAACGAAGACGUGUCAUGCGCAGUGUGCAGGAACACGGUCCAUUCUGUCAUCACCAUGGUUCCCGGCCGAGCCACGUGCUACCCGGGAUGGACAGAGGCUUUCCAUGGUCUCCUGACCGCGGGAAAUCCAAGGUUAGGAGCAGCCUCCGAGUACCUGUGUGUAGACGAGCACCCACAGGCGGUAUUAGGGGGUGGGAACACGAAUGAUGACGGUAGAGUGUUCUUUGCCGUAUUGUCCAAAUGUGGAUCCUUGCCUUGUCCCCCGUAUGAGGACGGAAAAACGUUGCCAUGUUCUGUUUGUAUGAUGUGAAUAAAGCAAUG